AUGGGCAACUGUUUUGUUCUCUCCAAGCAGGAGAAAGUUUUGAGGGUUGUGAAGACAGAUGGGAAAGUUUUAGAAUUCAGGGCACCAACUCUUGUUAAGGACAUGUUGAUGAACUUUUCGGGCUCUGGUAUUAGUGUAUCAAAGCAAGCCUCAGAGCUUCUCCCUCCUAAUUACAAACUGAAGCUUGGGAAGGUUUACUAUAUGAUUCCUCUUCUGGGUUCUGUUACAAGUGAUGCGAGCAGUGCAGGUAUUAUUUCAUCUGUGGAUGUUACAGAAAAGGACAGGGCUGCUACAAGAAGGAUUAAGAUCGUCGUAACAAAGCAACAGCUUCAAGAGCUAUUGACAAAGCAAAUAUCAGUGCAGGAGGUUCUUUCAACUUCAGGGCUUGAACAGAAAUCAUGUUUGUCUAAUGAUUCUUCAACAAAUUGGAAGCCGAAGCUUGAAUCCAUCCCUGAACUUGAAGGAAGCGAGUAA